AUGCUCCUGGACGAGACUGGCCUUGAAGCCUGGCUGCGGUAUGCCGCUCUCCCCGCCGAGAUCGCUAGCCAGCACCCGCGGUACUCCGCGAUUAUUGCUCUUACCGACAACCAGAGCAGUCCAGUAUACACUGCAAGCAAGGAGUUACAAUUAGGACUGUCUAAGAUUCUUGUUGACGCGUGGGCUGCUACGGGGGGCGAUGUACAAGAUAUCCCUGGCCUGAAAGCAGACGGCCUCUGUCUCAGUUGCCGACAGGGUGUAGCUGUGAAGAUUCUUGGGCAAAAUGAGUGCGUCCCAGCGCUAGUGCGAUGGGUCAAUGAAUGGGAUAACCUUGAUGGGACUAUCGAAAGAGGCUAUGCUGGGCCAUCAAUCUACUUCAAGGACGGAUACGUGGUGGACGACUUGACCCGCACCGGCCAAUAUGCGCGCCUGCUAGCGUCCGUUCGACUCAAUGGCAUCAUCGUCAACAACGUCAACUCCGAUGCCGAACUGCUCAAUCCUACCAACAUGGAGGGCCUCGCCCGCAUCGCCGACAUCAUGAGACCGUGGGGUGUGCGUAUCGGCGUUGCAUUGUAUUUUGACACCCCGAAAGGUCUCGGUGGCUUGCCUACAUCUGAUCCUCUCGAUCCUGGCGUGAUUGCCUGGUGGGACUACAUCACCACGAAGCUAUAUCAACAUGUUCCCGAUAUGCUAGGGUACCUCAUCAAGGCCAAUUCGGAAGGACAGCCAGGCCCCCUGACCUACGGCCGCACUCUAGCCGACGGUGCCAAUCUCUUUGCCCGAGCGCUCCAGAAGCAUGGCGACGGAAUUGUCAUGUAUCGAGCCUUUGUAUACAACUACCAUCUCGAUGAGUCAAACUGGAAGAAUGACAGGGCAAAUGCCGCUGUGGAGUUCUUUGACCCACUGGACACAGAGUACGAAGACAACGUGCUGGUUCAAAUCAAGUACGGCCCUAUCGACUUCCAGAUCCGAGAACCCCCGUCCCCUCUUCUCGCGCAUCUUCGAAAGACGCCAAUCAUUCUAGAGCUUCAAGUCGCUCAGGAAUACCUCGGUCAACAAAACCACGUUGUUUAUCUCCCCCCGCUCUGGCGCACAAUUCUCGACUUUGACUUCCAAAUCGACGACAAGCCAUCCCUUGUCUGCGAUAUCGUCUCCGGCGAACGUUUCAACCGGUCUCGGGCUGGUUACGCUGCAGUUGUCAAUAUCGGCAAUGACCCGACUUGGCUUGGAAGCCACCUUGCCAUGUCCAACUCUACGCGUACGGCCGCUACAACUGGAACCCUCAAAGCGACGAGCGGUAACCUGGGUAUACAGACGAUCUGCGAUAUUGUCAAGACCUGCCACUUCGGGCCCUCGCCCGCUGCGCAUGAUGGCAACGGGUGGGGCCAGUGGACACGAGCAGAUACACACGCGCUCGGCAUGGACCGCACCGUUGCUACCGGCACUGGCAACGCGGGUCAAUAUCCAUCUGCCAUUGCAGUGCAGUUUGAGAAGAUCGAAACCACACCUGACGAGCGAGCUCUUGCUCUGGUUUCAUCAUGUGCCGUACAAGCAUCGCAGACCUUCCCAAAGCAGUGGGAAGCUCUGCGUGGGUUGAUCGAUGAUGCGAGGUUCAAGCAUGUGCUGUUUCGCUUGCGGUUUCAGGUGGGCCAUGCGGUUGUCUGGCGAGACUCAGUGAAUACAUUCUACCAUGCGAAAUGUGGAAUUGAGGAUGAGCAGGGACGGGUGAGAAAUCAUCCCUGGCGAAUUGAGGCCGAGGCUAUGGGGCUAGACGGGUUUGAAGUGGUAUCUGUGACGCCGUUUGAGGCAGCAUCUGGCAGUCGAGUAAUCGUGGCGGUUUCUGGUGUGCAAAUGGCCACCGCACAGUCCACCGUUCCUUUUCCCUUCCGGCGUCUAUGA